AGCGAGAUCAGCGCGUGCGCAAGGCACGUGAGGAGCUACCUGAGGAGCAGGUGAGCCUGGCAGAGCUGCCUGCAGCGCUGGACAACACACUCAUGGUUUCCAGGAGUGGGCUUCAGUGUGCAGCUCUCAUGUCCUACAGAUACAAACUGCAGUGCCUCAAGAUCCAGGUGAGGCAGGUUGCCAGGGAGAGGGACAAGGCAAGGCUGGACUUGGAGAAAGUGGAGAGACGGUGCCUGCAGCUUGGCAGGGAGCUGGAUGAGCAGUACAUUGCUCUUGAGCACACCCAGAGCAAGCUCAGGGAUUUUCAGGCAAAAACAGAGGCUAAAGACCUGCUUUUGCAGCAAGCAGUCAGUCACCAAGCAAAGCUGGAGGCUGAUAUACAGCUCUUCCGGGGUGAAGAGGCCAGCUGGCAAGGGAAACUGAACCACACCAUGAAGGAGAACAUAGAGCUGCAAUACAAGGUGACGGAGAUGGCUGAGAAACUGGAAGCCUCUGAGAAGCUGGUGCUGGAGUUGCAGAAACAACUCAACUUUGUUGUGAAAGACAAGCUGGGCCAGGUGGAGUCCCACAGUCCAGAGCUCCUGAACCAGAGUGAAUGCUUCGCAGAGAUUGUCCUGGAGUACGAGCGGCAGUGCCAGGUGCUGUGGGACCAGAAUGGAUUGCUGCGAAGGCAGCUGGAAAGGCUGUAUCUCCAACUACAGGAGAGCAGGGCUGAGAGAGAGCUACCAGCAGGAGGCCUGUCCUCACAGGACUCCUCUCCUGUGGGCCACCAUCCCAGCCCUCUGCAUCCUGCUUCUGUGUGCACAGAGACAUCACUCUCAAUGGAGCAGCUCCAAGAGCAGAUGCGGGACCUGAAGGUGCAGCUGGAAAUGAAGGGAAGACCUGUGCUGGCUGCUGGAGGAGAACAGUGUGCUGAAAAGUCAACUUGGGAGACUUCAGCAAGAGCUGAGGCUGGCAAAGGAGGGCAGCGAACACAAUGGGGUGAGAAGAGCAGCAGGGAGAUCUCCCAGCAGAAUGUAAGGAUGUGUCAACUGGGCCGUGAAGUCACUGAACACCAGGCUGGCCGUCGUGCUGGCCCUGACACCAUCCCAUUGUGGAGCCAGAGGCUUGCAGAGGCUGAGCGGCUACGAGGUGCAGAAAUGGCUGCAAGGCUGGAGCACCACCAGCAGCAUGCAGCAUGUUGGAUGGAGAUGGAGUUGCUUCAACAGCAGCUCAAAGCCUCGCAGGAGAAGCUUUUAGAAGCCAAAGCAAGCCUGAGCCUGGCUCAGACUCAGCACACUCUGCAGUUGCAGCAGGUCAAAGCCCAGAUGAACAACAUGGUGCCAAAGAAACAUUUUGAGGAGCUGCAAACCAGCUUGAGAGCAGAGCAAUGCAAGGCUCAGCAGCUCCAGGAAAACCUCCACCAGCAGGCUGAGCAGACAUGCAGGCAGCUGCUCAGGACUCAGGAGGAACACGAGCGUCUGCUGCAGGCAGCUAUGGAUCAGGCAGAGGCAAUGGAGCACAACCUCAGGAGUACUGAAGCUGUGCUGGCAGAGAGAGCAGCUCAGCUUAAAGAUGCCCAGGCCCAACUCUCCAGGAACAGACUGCUGAUCGAAGACCUCCGUGACGAGAACAGGGGGGUUGCAAUGGCCCUGCAGGCAGCUGAGCUGAAGCAGAAGAGCACUGAGGAGAAGAACCAGCUGUUGGAGGAGCAAGCCUCAGCUCUGAAGCAGCUCAUUGGAAAAAUCACACCAGCAUCUUUGAGUGGGUGAUAGGGUGUGUGCUGUGGCAGCCUUGCCCCUGGUCCUGGCCAGGGUUUGUCAGCUUCUCUUGGGCUCUAGGAGACUCUGGCCCUCCUAAAGCCUGAGCCUAGGACCAAAACCAACCUGAUGCCAGAUUGUUGCCUCUGCGGUGAACAGAUCAGAAGGGCUGAGGGAAAAGCCUUCUUUCAGUUUGAACCUUCGAGGCUCAGGGCAGGACUGGUGACCCAUCAUCAGGAGCCCUGCCCUUCUUCAAAGGAUACCAGGAGACAUGGAUCGUGGUACCAUCAUCGAUCUCAAACUCUCCAUAGUCUUUUAAACACCGCACCUGCAAAGCAGAAAUGCAGCUCUCGGAUCAUCAGAUCUCCCACAGAAAACACCAGACAUCACUGCUGACUUAAAACACAUGCCCCAGAACUGUAAGUAUGGACACAUUCCUAUCUGCCUGCUGGAUCCUCAACAUGGAGCAGAUCUGGAAAUGCACAACUGGACUGAUCCCAUACUCUAUAGACUCUCCCUGGCAUUCUCUUCCUGCCUCUACCUGGAUCAAGAAGCACCAGCGAGCCUAGUCCUCCAGAGACAAGAGGAAGAGAAGCACAAGAGACACAAUGUGGGAAGCAGCAGCAUUUCCAGAACUUCUCCACACACAUACCAGAAAAACUGUGAAACUCUUUAAGGAGUAGGUUUAUUGCCAGUACAUCUUCUUUCGAAGAGGACAUCAGAAUAGAGUACUUUAGCUACUGACUUUGAUGUUUCACAUGCUCUUACUUUGUUCUAUCAAUUGUAUAAAAAGACUUAUAGUUUUGUGUGUCAAAGUCCAUUUAAAAUAUCAAGGAAAACCAAUUAACAGUCCUUAGCAUGGGAACAAGGUUUCUAGUUGAUGUA